AUUCGAUUGAACGCUUAAUCGCUUUCCCUCUCAAACCCUCCCAAACCCUCUCACAGUGUGUUUCAAAGGGAAAGGCAUUGCGUUUGGAAAGAGUGUGUGUUUUAUGAGUGAAUCUAUUGUCAGAUCUAUAGCUAAGUCACAGUCACUACGAAAGAGUGCAUAAAAAAGGAGUCAAAUCGGAGUCCAUUCGCACAAAGGCUACCAUUCAGUGCACACCUAUUGACCACCAAUUCAAACACUUGAUCCAUUGAUCCGAAGACAUCACACAAUGAGUGACACAGAAGUGGCAGCACUGGAGCCGCAGACCAAUGGAGGGCCCAAACGAGGCAGAGGGCGGCCCAAGAAGGACCCCAACGCACCCCCGAAGGCCUCCCAA